CUAUUACUUCCGGAAACAUGCCGCGGAGAAUUAUGGGACUUGGAGUCGUUCUUACGAGGUUGCCAAGGAGACGCUUCGCCAACAAGCUGGACACACUCGCUGACACUGUUGUGCCAGGCCGAAAACACUAUUAACUAGCUUGUUAGACAUGAGUCAGUUCCUGGGCCGACAGGACUGCAUCGAAAGCCUCCGGAAAGACCUCGUCGACCUUCAAGGCGCGACCCUGGACGUCUUCUCUAGAACCGGACCGGUCCGCUUCUCCUCCUGGAAGUUCCCCGAUAAACUCUCCUGUCACCUGGACAUGGUAGCUCUGCUGGAGCAGUAUGACUUUGUGGACGGGCAGGAUGCGUUCAACCAGCACUCCCAUAUUGUGUUACUGGAGCUGGUGAUUGACAGACUACUGCUUCUUCUGCAAAGCUUCAAUGCGUAUGUUGAGCAAAUAAAGUGCAGCCAUAGGAGGGAACCAACCCAGCAGAGAGGAUACUUGUCAGUUGGUCUUGUGGUCAGAAAUUAUUGGAGCAAUUUAGUUCAAUUCGCCAGUCUUAAGGGGGCCCACAAAGACAUCAAGACACAGACAAAAGCAAAGACAUUUGGCUGCGAUGAGACAGAGUUGGUGUCGUCAGUCUCCCAAAUGAGCUCAAGGAGCAACUUUUGCGGGAAAUGCUUGUCUGCUCGUUCGUCCUCAAGUUCUUUUACAUUUUUGCCACAGAAUUGUGAACCCUCCAGUUGUUCUCACAACACCCCAUGCCAUCAUAAAGCUGAGAGCCACAAUGUAGGCUGUCAGACAUUUGAAUCAUCCCUUGUUCCCUGCGAUGCAUGCCAUCAAACACAAUCCAUUUUGAGAAAAACGGGAGAUGCUUUGGUGGAACUGUUUCAAAGCGAGGGCCUGCCUUCGUCCCUGCAGCCACUCUUAGCAGCUGUGGAGGACACUCUGGAGCUGGGACACAUGACAGCAGGUGAUGUCGCCCAGUGGGCCACUGAGCAGCUCAGAGACAUGCGCCGUCUGGCAAAACAUCUUCAAGACGUGCGAGGCACGGUGCAGCCUCUUAAAGACAGAUUACAGGCAGCAGAAAAAGACCGGGACAGAUUCAGGUCUCAGUUGGAAAGAGCACAGAAAGAGUUCAAGCAAGAGGUGGAAAAACACCAAGCAAACACAGUCCAGCUGGAGUUUUCACUGAGGAGAGCAGAGAGAUCCAUGAAAGAAACAGAGCAGAGGCUACAAGAGGAGAAACAGCAACUCAAGAGAGAAACUCUGAGCUUGGAGGAGAGUUAUUCCAGACUGCAAGAGAGAGUAGCAGCCCAGCAAGAUACAUUACAAGCACUUGAAUGUGAAAAGAGUGAACUGCAGGAGAAAGUAAAGACCUUACACAUGGAGGAGGAGGCCUGUCGUAAUCUACAGCAAAGGAUCCAGCAGUUAGAGGGUCAGAUCUCCGAAACUCAACUCCAUCUUGACAAAGAGAGCGCCAAGUACCACAGCGCCUGUCGCCAGCAGGAGUCAAUGCAUGCGAAGCAGAAAUCUUUGUUACAGAGAGUUGAUGCUCUCGACGAGGAGUGUGAAGAGCUGCAGAGGCAGUUGGGGGAAGCGGAGGAGAGACAGGCCGACCUGCACAAUCGGCUGAAACUGAUGUCAGAGGAAAAGGAACAGGUGCAGGCUCAGCUGGCUAAACAGCAGGACCUCUGUUUGCAGUUCCAAGAGGAGAAGCAGACUCUACAAACACAUGUAGGCGAGCUAGAGAACAGUGUGUCUGAGCUGAAGGAAUACGGACAAGCCUUAAGGGAGAGGGAGAGACUGUUGGUUGCUUUCCCAGAGCUCAGCCCUCUGGCUCAGGCCCAACCGCAGAGUACAGGAAAUGUGCUUCUGGACAUGGAGCAACAGCUGCAAGCGAACUGCAUUCGUAUAAAUGUUUUGGAGCAGGAGAACACCACCCUGCACAGCAGCCUUGUGAAGCUGAGGGAGAGAGCCCAAAAUAAUGCAAGCAGGGAGGCCUCACCUAUGCAGACAUUGGACCUCUCUCUGUGCAGCACACCAGCGGCAAAACAACAGGAUCACCUGACACAGAUGCAUGAGACCGCCUUGCAGAGCAGCAGUGCAGUACGACUGGGAUACAGUAACAGAUGGAGGGAGGCAAGACAGGGGGAAAGUGUUCAAGGGUCAGCUGGGCCAGAGGAUCGUGUGUCCAGUGCCUCUGCUUCCCCCUCUUCCCUCAGACUUCACCUUCAAACCCUCCACCUGGACUCUGGCUCUGCUGCUAAAAGCCACACGGGAACACACAGUGUUUCUCUCCUCUCUCACUCCAGGAGCUCCAAUCACAGGAAAAAGUGAAAGCCUAAUUAUGUAAAGAGAAGACAGUCUUGUGGCGCAGAGAAGAAGAACAUAGCUCUGUAAGAGGAAUCUUCUGCAACAACUAUAUGGAUCGUUAGAGGCACAUUUCCUAUAUUAAUAAGUCAGGAGGUGUCAUUGUACCGCUGUUAUUGUAUUUUUACAUCAUUAUGCACACUUAUGACAGUGGUUUGCCACUUUUGCCACAUCUAUCAUUAUGCUAAUUCACAUAUAAAUAUAAUAAACACAUUGUUAUACAUUAAGGAAAAA